AGCUGUUUGUUGUCUGCACGACUGCACGUCAAAAAGGCAUGUUUUGGUUGAAUACCUCUAUAAAAUUCCUGUACGGCUAUCGAUCUUACCGCUGCUGUCUUACAUUAGCUUUCAACAGAGCAAUUGGCUAUAGAUCCUCUCGGACGACGGACGUGAAGAUGAACGAUCCCGUGGAGAACGCCAAACGACUAGCCGCCUUCAAGGCAGUGGACAAUCACGUGGUGGAUGGUGUCAUUGGAAUUGGAAGUGGGUCCACGGUGGUGUAUGCUGUUGAACGUCUGGCACAGAGAGUCAAGGAUGAGGGUUUGGAAGUUAUUUGUGUCCCAUCCUCCUUCCAAGCCAAACAGCUCAUCAUUCAGUAUGGAUUGAAAUUGGGAGAUUUGGAGAUGAACCCAGAAUUGAAAGUGACAAUCGAUGGUGCUGAUGAAUCUGAUACCAUGCUAACUCUCAUCAAAGGAGGUGGCGGGUGUCUGACUCAGGAAAAAAUUUUAGCCAGCUGUGCAGAAGAAUUCAUAGUCAUAGCAGAUUACAGGAAAGCAUCCACCAAUCUGGGCGAACAGUGGAGAAAAGGCAUUCCAAUUGAAGUCAUUCCUGGUGCUUAUCGUGUUGUCUACCAAAAAAUUGAGAAAUUACUUGGAGGAAAGUCAGAACUGAGGAUGUCUGGCAGUUCAAAAGCUGGCCCUGUUGUUACAGACAAUGGGAAUUUUUUACUCGACUGGAAUUUUGAGGGUGUGAAGGAUUGGAAGCACGUCGAGAACUGCUUGAACAUGAUUCCCGGAGUUGUGGAAAACGGUUUGUUUGUAGGAAUGGCACGAAAAGCUUAUUUUGGUAUGAGCGACGGGACAGUGAUGGAACGCAACGUUUAACGGUUUGUUGAACGAAUCUCUCUUUAAAAAAAAAAUCUGUGUAUUUAUAAUCACACUCAGAAAAUGAAAUUAAAAAAGAACAUUGAGAAAACCUAAAAGGGUAAUCUCCAUUGUCCUCAAUACUA